UCGUUUCAUGCAACCAGGCAAAGCGCUUAACACUGCAUCGUAAAAUCGUAUGUAAUAUGCGACCUGCCGCGACGAAAUCAACAAUCAAGCAAACAAUUCCCGCACAAGCUAGAGCCAGCUAGAGCCAGCUAAAAGCCAGCGACGCCUAAUAAAUGAGAAGGGAUUCCAGUGUCGGGGCCAACUUACAUGAGAUACCGUCUGCCGCUACCAUCGCCCACAGCUGACCACCAACACAAGACACAAAGCAAGACACGGAGGUAUUGGGGAUUGAUCCCGAGGACAACCCUGGGAUAGGGGGAGGGGGGACAGUAAAAGUCCUAUUAUCCUCACCUGCAUCGCUUUCUUCACGACUCUUCUGGCUUCGCCUCCCAGUCGAAUCCUCCUUGGUGGCUUCUUCUCGGUUUCUCGUGGCACCAUGUCAUUCCCCAAUGUGUGCAAAAACCCACCCACCGGGCCUGUGCCUUGCGAUGCGGGCGUCGCCGGCACUGGUGUCCUGUUGUCGUUCUUCUUCACGGCCGGCCUCGCCCUCAUCCUGAGUCUCACAAUCAUCCUAUCCGAGUUCAAGGGCAAGCCGUCCAACAUCCGCCGCCGACUUCUCAGCAGCUACUCGGACCAGCAGAUCCUCCUGGGCAUCGGCAUCCACGCAGUCGGUCUGGCCAAGUGGCGAUCUAUGAUCACAUAUCAUUUCUUCAUCGUCUGGUGCCUGGGCCUGCUGGCCCAAACCGUCCACAACGCGACGUUGCUCUCCCUCGUCCACGACUUUCGGCGCGACUGGGUGCUGCGGUGGUUGCGCCAGUUCCUCAUGUUCGUCAACAUGGCGCUCUCCGUCGUCUACGGCGUCUUCAUCCUCCGCGCCGUCGAGCGGGGCCUGACCGACGACCCGGUCCCCAUCGGCUGCGUCUGGGAAGCCGGCAUCAGCGGCAGCGGCGCCACCCGCAGCGGCCUGAGCUACUUCGGCACCAUCGCCGUCAUGGCCGCCAACGUGGUGGUCUUUUUCCUGGCCAGCUGGUACCUGCACGCCCGCACGCAGCGCUUCGCCAAGCCGGUCAAGCUGGUGGGCACGCUGCUCAUGGGGGCGCUCGCCACCGGGGCCAUCGUGCGUUGCCUCUUCGCGUCCGACGCGCUCGGCCACGGGCCUAGCUUUCCCUUGGAGGCGGGCGAGAAGGAGUGGAGCUUCGGGCAGCUGCUCUCCGUCAUCGUCCUCCUAUUCCCCCUGGUGUCCACCGUGGAGAUUCUCCGGGGUGAGCUCCUGGCGGCACCUUGCGACUUGACCGAUGGUAAGGGAUUUGUUGAGGACACGGAGAUGAAUCGGUUCUAGACGAGCCACGCCUGGAGUUUGUGAGCCCGAUCUUUUGUGGUAAUAGCAACAGAGCUGAAGGAGGUAUUGGAACUUGUUUGCGAGUCACGUCUGAGCAAGGGAGAAGCACAACAAAAAAAACAAAAAAAGAAUGUUUGGGAAGCGAGGAACUUUAUGAUACCCUAUACAGAUAACGCGGUUGUUGGUCAUGGCAUUCCACUUUAUUGUUCACUUUCGGGCUCAGAACAGACCCAACAAUCCCGCCAACUUUGGCUGUUUCCUGGGACUCAAAAUGACGAAAGAGUGUGCAUGCCCAACGGAGGGUUGCGACAAAGCCUGA